GUCAUCCCAGAAAUUACGAAAGCUUUUGACGGAAGGAACAUAACUUUUUGGGUGAAGCUCCGUGACAAUGUCAGUAAUCGCCGGCGAAUCACCGGGAGAGAAACCGAUCGGAAAUCCAUCGGAGGGGAGCGUUCAGAAAUCCCCAGGAUCAAUCGAUGCUAAUGAUUUUCACUGGGCGGACUAUGUAGCGCAACAAGCGGUAAUUGCACAGAAGACUAUCGAGACCACCGUAGACAACGCAAUUGAAACCACCAGAUCGCGAGCCGAUCAAUUUCUCACCACCGCGUCGGCUCACUUCGGAAUGACGAUUGAUAUGAUGCAGGACUCUUGUCAGAGGUUGAAGUCUGAGUAUCGCAUGUAUGAGAAUAUUGCAUUUGGGAAGAUUAAAGAGGGAUUGCUUGUUGCUUCUGCACAUCCAUUUAUAACAACCGGAUCUGUGCUUGGUGUGACAUUUCUAGGUCUAAAAAGGACCAGACAAUUCUUGCACUACAAGACAUUGCGCAUCUUUACUAGUGAAGAGAAAUUGGUUUCUAAAGCUGAUUUGAAGGUUAAGGAGUUACGGCAGUCGAUUGAAAGUUUGAAGGCAGAAAGUGAAAAGUUGGAGAAAAGGGCAUUGCAAGCUGAGGAAGAUUUGUUGCGAGGGAGGACAAAACUGAAGCAAACAGGAAAGCAAAUACAGAGCGUCAUCAAUUCUGCCUAUAAGAUAGAAAGGCAAGCAGCAGGCUUGAAGGAUGUUCUUAAAGAGCUUCCUAGUAGAGAAGCAUCUCGAUUUCGAUCUCAAGUUAAUAACCUCGCGAAAGAGGCUAAGAAAGAAAGGAACGUUCUUUCGAAAGAAGUUAUGAAGAUCAGCAACCACGGAAUCUCGGUCUGAAUUUAAUCUCAUUAGUAAGUAACUUCUUGUCAAUUUUCUUAGAUGUUUGAUACUGCGGCAAAUGAAUAAAAAAAGAAAUCUAUAACUUGAACAAUUGAAUUUACCCAUCUUUUUUAUAAUGAGGUGAUUAUAUGUGUUGUAGUAAGUGGCAAUAGCCCUUGGUCCUUUCA